AAGAGGGAGGGAGCUGGGACAGGGGACGUUACAACGUGGGAGCAGCUCCAGUCAGUGUCCUCUUAUCCCUCGGAGACACCACAGCAGGAGGAGGAGGAGAGGGAUUCAGAUACAGAGACUUGUUGGACAUUAGAAGGACAGUGCUUCGACCAGGAUGAACUUUGCUGCCCAGUUAUUCUACUCGAGCUACUUGAGCGAGCGACUUGAGCGUUUGUACUCACCCAGGCCUGCACUGAAAGACAGCGAGGAGAAUGACCCCUUCUGGCAGAGAGAGGAGCUGUGUCUGGGCCCCUUUCAGCCUGGAAGCUCUUACAAAUCUGGCCCCAUCAGUAACGGCACUGCAUGCCGCAGACCAACCCUCAUUGAACCAGAGCGUCUGAAGGACUUUGGUGAGGAGGACCUUCUCAAUGGGGACGUGAAGGUAUAUGACACCAAGGUGGUGGGGGGUCCUGAGAUCAUGCUCAUGGAGCCCCCCAAAACCAGACGCAUCAGCGAGUUCAGGAUCCUCCCCAGACCUCUUAUCCAGUAUCUCCGCUUUGAGGACAUCAGUGCCGCGGCCUUCAGGAUCCAGUCAGGGAUACAGAAGACACCCUGCACGUACUCCAGACUGUCCAAACAGUACGGUAUGGAGAUCUACCUGAAGAAGGAGCACCUGCACUACACAGGCUCUGUGAAGGAGAGAGGAGUCCUGUACCUGCUCACCUGCCUCACACAGGCACAGCAGAGGAAGGGUGUGAUCGUGGCCACUGACUGUAACUUCUCCAUGGCUGUGGCUCACCAUGCAGUGGAGCUGAGGAUCCCUGUGUUUGUCAUCAUGCCAUCAUGCUGCCCCUCGCCUCGCCUCAGGAUCUACAGAGACUACGGCGCUAUGGUCAUCUCCUACGGCAGCACCGGCCAAGACUCCCAGAACCACGCUCGCCAUCUGGCCACAGAAAACGGAUACCUCUACCUGGAAGAAGAUGAAAGUGCAGCGUACCUGGCAGGACUGGGCACUGUUGGCAUGGAGAUCUAUGAGCAAGUGCCCAAACUCGAUGCAGUGGUUAUUCCUGCAGCUGGACAGUAUGGUCUACUGGCUGGCACAGCUGCAGCCAUCAAACACCUUGACUCACGAAUUCUUGUCAUAGGCAUUGAACCAGAAAGUUUCCCUCUGCUGCUACAAUCUCUGAAAACAGACGGUCCAAUCAAAGACAUGCACAGCAACCCCAAUAAGAAACUCUAUGGAGAUCUUAUGGAGCGUUCGCUGGGUGUUAACACCUUCCAGCUGGCAAAGAAACUAGUAGAUAAAGUCAUCACUGUCAGUGAGGAGGACUCUCUGGUGGCGAUGCUGCGGUUUCAGGAGUUUGAACGCUCCACUGUGGACACAGAGGGAGCCAUGGGACUGGCUGCCAUCUUGGCCGGACAACUACCGGAACUGAGAGGCAAAAAGGUCGCUGUGGUGGUGAGCAGCGCUAACAUGGAGCUGGAGCUGGUGAGGCAGUGUGUGGACCGAGCCCUGGUGUUGGAUGAUCGAGUCAGUAAGUUUGCUGUGCAGCUGGGAGAAUGGCCAGGAGACAUGGCUAAGCUGCUGGACGUCCUGUCCAGAGAGGAUGUCAGGUUGUUGGACGUCUGCCAUCGGAGACAAAGUGACAAGUCAGACCUCUUCAAGGCGAAGGUGGAGUGUGUGGUGGAAACCAGAGAUAAGACACAGAGCGCUCAGCUGCGCAAGACGCUGAGUGAGCGCUACCCCUCAAUAUGCUGGCUGGACCGGUGAUCACAACAUCAACACAAACAAUAUUCACACUAGACAACCAAGAAAAACCAAUAAAGGAAACGACACAUUCAUAACAUGUGCAAAUACACCCUGUGACAUACACUACUAUGAUAUAUGAACUCUGUUAUAGGAAUCUAAUUAAGACAAUGGCUGUUAAGCAAACCUAAGUGUAUACAGAAAAGCCUUGAGAUUAUAUAGCUUAUACUAUUCAUUGUACAACCAUUAUGUAUGCUGCUAUUGUUCUUUAAUCAUGGCACCCUCUAAUUAGAGAAUAGUGGCUGGGCUGCACUCAGAGGAUGAAUGUAGUUCUUAUAGUUUAAUCACAGAGCAUGAAUCAUGCACUGUAGCCACUGUAGAUGUAGGCUUAUUCCUCUAGUGAGCAAGUACACUCUAUACACCUCCUUUAACCACCUGCAUAAAAGAUGUAUUUUUCAAUCCAUAUUAUUUUUAAACUGUUGUAUAUAUUUCUGUGUUUCUACUGUCCACGAUGGUAGAGUCAAAUCC